UCUAAUCAUGAAUAUAUUAAGUGCUCUUAAUUUAUUCGUUUUUUUCAGUUCACUUGGUCUUGUACAAGAUCUGGCUAAAUGCUGCCAACUAAAUGAAACACAUGCGAUUAUUCUGGCUCGUGGAGGAUCUAAAGGAAUAAAAUAUAAAAAUUUAAUCGAGUUGAAUGGUGUCUCACUUCUUGCGCGAACGAUUAAAACAAUUCAAGCCAGCGGAUUAUUUCAAAAUAUAUGGGUUUCCACUGACAACAAUCGAAUUGAACAAGAGGCCUUAAAAUAUGGAGCUCUAGUUUACAGAAGGAGCGGCGAACACGCCCAGGAUAAUUCGUCUUCGCUGCAUGCAGUAAAGGAAUUUUUAAAUUCGCACACUCACAUCGAUAGAUUUGCGUUAUUCCAAUGUACAUCCGUAUUUCUAAAGGCUCACUACAUUCGAGAAGCUGUAGAUAAAUUUAAACAAAAUCCUUGCGUCUUUGCCGUUACAAGUAGCUACAAGUUGCGAUGGAAACGGACGGCAGAUAAAAAACUAAUGGCUUUAAAUUUUGAUGUUACGAAAAGGCCUAGACGUCAGGACUGGAAUGGUGAACUAAUAGAAACUGGAAUGUUUUACUUUUCAAAUAAGUCUUUGGUUCAACAAGAUCGCUUUCAAAAUGAAUGGUGUGAAGUGGUCAAUAUAAAUUCCGAAGAUGCCCUUGAAAUUGACACAUUCAAUGAUAUUGAAUUAGCAGAGUGUCUCCUACAAACAAAUUAGUCAAUUAUAUACCAUUUUCAUCCAUUGGAUCGAAUACCUACCUAUAUAAGUUCUGUAUGAAACGCUUACCAAAAAAAAAAAAAAAAAGAAUUAUGAAAAUAUGAUUGCAAACCUAUCAUAUUUUAGUUAUACGGCUCAAAGGCAUAAAAAAUAUUUCCGUCUUUAGACAAUAUACAAUUUAAUGGCGGUGUUUGUUCAUUUGCAAAAAAAAAAAAUAUCA